AUGGCGAGUCCUUUCUUAACACCUUUACCAAGUGAUUUGGUUUUAUCAGAUUAUAUGUUUGGUAGAAGACGACAAAGAAGGAAUCGCACAACAUUUAAUUCAAGACAGCUAGAAGAACUCGAAGGAUUAUUCCAGAAAACUCAUUAUCCUGAUGUUUUUCUCCGAGAAGAAAUUGCAUUACGAAUCAGUUUAAGUGAAGCAAGGGUUCAAGUCUGGUUUCAAAAUCGGCGUGCUAAAUGGCGAAAGCAAGCUCGCUUACAGUUGCUGCAAGAUGCUUGGCGAAUGAGAUUGAAUGAGAUCAAUCCUGUUUUGGCUUCGAAAGCAAUGAAGGCCAGCUUAAGUCCGAAUGAUUUAUCAAAGUCACCACUACAUUCAUCAUAUGAAGAUUUUAUGAAUGAAGGCAUGAUGAAAAACCAAAUGAGAAUGGAAUGUGAUAAGAAAGAAAUUAACGAAAACUAUGAUAUCAAAAAGUUGAUGAGUGAACAUAAAAGUGUUGAUAAAAGUCAAGAUGAAAGUGAGUCAGACGAAGAAUCAGAAAUUGAUUUGACAACAACAGGAAGUCCUAAAAAUUUCAUUCUCGUUAAUGGAUGCAUCGAUUUCUCGAAUAAUAACAAUAGUGGAAAAAAAACUUGUGAUUAA